UUCGCAUUCGCUCGUCCGCUGUCGUGUCGCUGUGGUUCAUGUGGUUGUUGAGCAUUGAAUUUGCCUGUGGAUUUUCAGUGGGUGACCCUUAGGGCGAAGGAGAAUGCAGGUGUUUUUAAAAGUGUUUUGUGAUGAAUCGAGGUGACCAGCAACUGAUCAACGAGUGUAUUUGAUUUACUGUGAUACAACUACGAUCUUUUAUGAUGGUGUGUGAGGAGGACGUGGUGAACUGGUUCCAAGGACUCAAAACACAUCAAAGGAUUCCUGUUCUUCGUCAACUCGUUCAUAUGUGCCAUCCCCUGGAGCUUAGGUUUAUAGCAUCAUGUGUGGAGGAUGCGUGUAGGACAGACUGCUUGACCAUGCGUAGUGCUGAGUUGAACGCCAACACUCAAAAUGUGCUCAAGUCGCUCGCCAGUCCUCUGGAUGUGGAGGCGAGAAGCAAGAUCAUCAUCUAUCUGUGUCUUCUGAACUCUACAAACAAAUUGUGUUCAAGGAUACUUAGCCAGAAGAUAUGUGAUCAUGAAUCUGUGGCCCAGUUUUGUGAUGAUGUGCAUAAGCAGUUGAUGGAUGGGGAGCGGCCUUCAAGUGAGGAGCAGAGGACACUGGAUGAGCUCAGCCUCCUCUAUCUACUUGCCUCACUGCAUCCUUCCUUCGAUUUUAUUGAAAGACAACAUUAUAGGGACAUGUGUAGUAGCUUGAAUGUCUUAGAAAAUAAACUCAAGAAGCUAGACAGAAAAGAGCAAAAACAAGAGGAAUCUGUUGUACCAAAGCCGUGCUGUGAUGGAGGAUCUCAAAGUGACAACACGUCCAAAUCGUGCUCCUUGUGCUUCUCAACGUCUGCGUAUGAGCAUAUCUGCAAGCUGCGCCUGCUGCCGCGCAGCGGCCGGCAUCAGGACGGGGUCGGCUCCGCCGAGUACCAGGUCAACGUGCAGUGGUCGACCGGCAAGUACUCCAACCUGGUGGUGCGCGACUCCCAGCUGAAGGAGCUGCACGACAGGCUGGACAAUUCGCAGCUGGAGAAUCUGAAGCAGCCGCGCCUGCCGGCGUUCCCUCAAGAUCGGUCGGAGACGGGCCAGCUCAACAGCUACCUGCAGCACCUGCAGGGCCUGUCGGCCGUGCCGUGGCCACGCUCAGAGGCCGUCUACAGGUUCUUCAGGCACCUGGCAGACGAGCAGGAGCAGCGCGGCCGGGGCGUGUCGCGGCCCCACUCUGUGUACACGCCGCGGCCCGCAGACGUGCCCGGCCCGCCCGGCCGGCACCCCAUGACCAACGGUCUGUCGCCGGCCGCCGGCACCGCCGAGAUCGCUCACAAACUGACGAUGCCCCUCCAGAACGGCACCGCCGCGGCCCCCGAGACGGACGAAUCGUCCGAGACCAGUCCAGCGGUACUGGACGAGGAUGCCGAGGUGCGGUCGUGCACAAUCUACAACAGUAACAUCACCAACGGACGCGCAGGCUCUCGGUCGCCGUCCGGCUGGUCUCCGCACGCCGCCGCUCACUCGUCCGGUCCUGCCAGUCUGACCAACGGACUGGCUCGGCCGCGGCCGGCUCCGGACUCCGGGCGCGGCUCCGGUCGCCGCCGGCCGCAGCAGGCAGACAGUCGGGCUGGCUCGGUGGAGAAGGAGGAGGCGACCCGCACCCCGGCACCGCCCGGACCAGCUCCGGCGGCCGUGCCCGCCUCCUCGGCCGGGGGAGGGGUGCCGCCCAGUGCGCUACCGGCCACCGCCAGCCCGGCGGUCACCACCGGCACGCUGAGUCAUAGCAGACCCGUCACCAAGUCGGUGCCGCCGCCUCGGGCGAUCGUGACCAGCGCCGCCUCCCUGCCGCCGUACUCGACUGCGGGUGGCGUGCCGGCGCCUUUACCGCCCUUCUCCGCUGCUGGCGGCGUACCGGCGCCCCUACCGCCGUACUCGACGGCGGGCGGCGUGCCCGUGUCGCUACCCCCGCCGGUAGCGGUGCCCGGCGUGGUAUCGUGCGCCGUGCCCGGAGCACCCACCAUCCAGAAUCGCAUCAUCAGCAGCCAGGGCGGCCUGAUGCCGCUUCCGACCGCCGUGGCCGUGGCGGCCGCCGGCGGGCACGCCCACACGCUGCCCACCUUCUCGGCAGUGACGGCCCAGAACGCCACCGUCGGCACACCGCCCGCCCUCGUCGACGGGCUGCGCUGCGGGCCGGGGCCGGCGUCCGAUGGUCAGCUGGUGUACCCGGCGCUCUCAACCAGCUCCCCUCCGCCGGCCGGCCCGGUGCCCGGCUUCCGUCCGCCGCCGGCGCGCCCGGUGGAGCUGCUGAGCGCGGCCAGCUCGCCGUCCCCACCGGCGCCGGCCGGCAGUCCGGCGGCGCCGCUGCCGCCGCCGCCGCCGCCACCGCCGCCCACACUCCCGCACACGCUGGCCAGCUUCCAGCAGCUGCCGACGUACUCGGCGCGGCCGCCGCCGGCGCUCAGUCUGGUCUACCCCGGCUUCAUCCCGUCGGGCUUCCACCCGGGCGCCGCGGACAUGACGUUCUACACGAGCCCGUACCCGCCGCACCCGGUGCAGUACGCGACGGUACCGCCGCCGCGCGCGGCGCCGCAGCCGCCGCCACCGCCGCCCCGCCCGCCGUCCUGCUACAACUGUGGAGCACAGGGCCACCCGGGCCGCCUCUGUCCCCUAGAGAACGCCAUCAAUGAUGCUAGUCAGCAGAACCAGUUCAAAAUGUCCUUCGUUCCUUCCAUAUCGGAUAACUGACUGCCGGCGUGCGGCGGCGGCCGGUGGCUCCCGGCGCUCGGCCGGCCCUGGCCGCGCCGGUCGGCCUCUAGUUGGUGUCUACCUGUCUCGUGCCUUUAGAUUGCCUAAGUUUAUUAUCUGGCUUCGGCCGCGACCGCGGCCCGGCGCCCUCGCCGGCGGCGGCGGCGCGCCGUCAGGGGAACCGACCCCAGGCCGCCUCAGUGCAAAGCCAUUGUGAUUGUAUGUGUGAUCCAUACAUUAUAUCAUGCGCGCGCGUGCCCCGAGCGGCGCUCGCUCGGUAGUGUUCAGUGGCGCCGGUGAGCCGGCGUAUUUUGUAGUGUGUUCGUGUGUGUGGGUGCGGGCGCCCGUCGCUGACGCCACCGAGUCGACGCUCCGGGUGGGGGGCGGUCCGCCGCGCCGCGGCGCCAACUGUGCAUUUACUGGCCCGGACCGGACCGGGCCGCUCGGCCCCAGCGGCGACCACUCAGCGCGGCCGGCGCGGACCGCGAGGCUGCCCAGCCGGCAGCGCGCCCUACUCCCGCUCCAAACUGCGGCCACAAGCUCUCUUCGCGCCGGGCCGGACCAGACCGCCGGGACCCGGAGGUCCCCGGAUCGAGACUGGGUCGAACGCGCGGCGGCCGCGAGCGACUCGACCGGCCGACGGCGUGGUGUGUUUUCUAAGCCUGUUUUGUACACCAGCGAACAAGGUUUUAGCAUUACGGUGACGCAUUGAUGAAUCAAGUCGUCCUGCCUUCUGCGGCGCGAGCUUCGCACACUGGCCGCUAGGUGGGAGCACCGGAGCGGCAGCGCGCGACGCCGGUGGGACGCACUGUAUGGUGUACUCGUGGUAUUUAAGAACGGUCGGUGGGCAGGGGGUGGCACGCCGCGCUAGCCGAGAUAUACAAAUGUGUGAGCGUGGCAGAGAACCGAGUAAAUUGUUCGCAUACAGGUUACUUACAUCGCCAUGUUAUUGUAAACCAUGUUCCCAAUACUGUUUAGAAAAACCGGUUAAUAAAAACGACAAAAA